GGGAUCAAUGCAAAAUGGCAGGCUGUGAGUCUCGCUCGGCGUCUCGGAAACACAAACUUUGACAGAAACCCAAAGUCUCAAUGAAGAAACGAACUUUAACCAGUGACCGAGUGAUGUGCAUAUACCCUAGAUUCUAAAAUGGCGAACCAAUUUAAGUAUGAGAUUCUCAAAAUAUCAGUAGCAGAGAUUUGCCAGACAAUCGGGUUCCAAGGCAUUUACUCAACCCCACUCGAUGUUUUGGCCGAUAUUCUGCACAGAUAUAUUUUCGAGGUCUGCAAGCUCACUCACAGAUACACCGAGCACUUUGGCCGAUCAGAGCCGAACCUAGAUGACCUCGGCCUCGCCUUCCUUGAUAUGGGGAUAUCCGUGUCAGAGCUGGAGGAGUAUGUGAACAACGUAGACUGCCCUCCUUUCCCGCACACGGUGCCCAAGAUCCCUGUCCCAAGGACUUCUAACUUGAACUUCCUGAAGCCCGGCGCAAGGGAGAUCCUCUCGCGACCCAUACACAUCCACGAACAUCUCCCACCCAUGUACCCCGAGAAGGAAGAGGAGGAAGUGGACAUGAAGGUGAACACAAGCCUGGACGAUGUGCUUGGAGAAGGGUCAUCCUCUCCAAUGGCCUCCCCGCAGCCUGCAGCCAAGAGGUCGUCUGACAGUGAUGUAUCACCAGCCAAGAAGCCAAAGUACUCCCUAGAUGAUGAGGGGCAGCCCGUCCGAGAGAUCGUCAGUGUGAUGAUGACGACAUCCGGUUUCAUAUCCUCUGCUCGUGAGGGCAAGCUCCCCGAGUCCAAAGUGCCCAACAUCCCCAUGGCAACACCCAGGAGCUCCUCACCCUCCGCUGCCAGUGCUCUUAGCAAGAAAAAGCUUGCUGUGGAGAAGUUGAUCCGGCAGAAGAACAACCAAGGUGGCCCGCAGAAGCCUCCCCCCUCCAAGUCACGUCCCACCAAGGACAAAGGCCCCUCCAAACCUGGCAGUAAGCCUAUGAAGGUGCUCAAGAUACCCAAAAUGCCCAAAAUCCCCAAGAUACCCAAGAUACCCCUGGUAAAGCCUGGCUCCUCUAUGCCCCAGCCAUCCCCUGCAAACACACCCCUGGCUGCCAGCACCCCUGGGCCCCCGGUGUCCCAGGGAGCAGCUGCUCCUCUGCCUACACCACCCAAGCUAAAGAUGCCUACGCCUAAAAUUAGAGUGCCCAAGCCCCCAAAGACACCCAAGUCUGAGACCAAAAAGGGCUCUUCCACACCCAAGGCAAAGGACACAAACAAGGACUCUGAGACAAAGAAGUCCAAGAAAGAGAAGGAUGCAGCCAAGAAGAAGGAGAAUGGUAAGGACAAGGAGGUGGGCAAGAAGGGCAAGGAAGGCAAAAAGGAGAAGGAAGGGAAGAAGGAGAAGGAGCCCAAAAAGGAAAAGGAGUCCAAGAAGGAGAACAAGAAAGAAAAAGAAAAGGAGCGUGAACGAGAGCGUGAGCUAAUUUUGGCUCUGGCAGCCUCUGCAGAUGUGACUGUUACAUCCAUUCCACCACCAGCCAAGGCACAGGAGGCCCCCCCAGACAAGUUGAGCAUCUUCAAGAAGAUCAAGCCUAAAGGGGAGGCCAAGGAAGCUGAUCGGACAGGUGAACGUGAAGUGCACCCAUCACGCGACAGCUCUCCAGACCUCAUGAUAGAUGAAAACCCUCGGAUGGCCCAGCGGAGGCCGCCCGAGGACCUGGCCGUCCUGGACAACCCUGUGCCUGCACUAGAUGCCUCCAUGGAUGAGCUGGAUUGCUCACCUGGAGACUUCCCCUCCUACCAGGAUGACAUGUCUCCACCAGGCACACCCUCCACGCCACGUACCCCAGAGCUGCCACAGCUGGCCGUUCGCAAAACACCUGAGAAGUGGAAGGGCAAGGAGCGUGGCAGAGAGAGACGUCCCAAGAAGGACCGCUCUAAAUCACCUAAGUGUGGCUUCAGCCCUGGCCGAAGAGAGCACUCGGCCUCAGAAAGUGAGACACCUGACCGCCCCAAGACGCCUGAGGUGGGGCUGCCCUUGGACAGCCUGGGUCCCCCCUCCACCUCCACCCCAUUCUCAUUGCCCCCCUUCCCCAAUGCACCUGGCUUUAUUCCCCCUUUCUCCCGCUUCCCUUUCAUUCCUCCCUAUGGUGGUCCCCCAAUACGGCCGGGCAUCCCCCCAAUGUCAGACCUACGGCUACCACCCAACAACUUCUUACAGAGACUGGCACCACCGGUCAGCAAGCGGCCAUUGGAUGAAGAUCACUUAGGCCUGGAUGAGCCAGAACCUUUAGAGCGCCCCCUCACCCCUCGGCAUGACAGGGACUUCAGCCCUCUACCACCCCCUGGCCACCCCUCCCCCCUGCGCUCACCUUCACCUACACAGUCGUCUGCAACGCCUCCUAGGCCACGCACCCCUGCCCACCAUUCCCCACCCCCACUUAUCAAAGUCAAGCCAGAGAAACCAGAGAAGUCAGAAAAGGAGAAGAAGAAGGAACACAAGAAGGAGAAGAAGGAGAAGGACAAAGAGAAGGACAAAGACAAGGAGAAGGACAAAGACAAAGCCAAGAAGAAGAAGGACAAGAAAGAUAAGGAUAAGGAGAAGGACAAACUAGACAAGAAGAAGGAGAAAGAAAAGAUGAAGACGGAGAAGAAGGAGAAGAAAAAGUGCAAAAAGGAGAAGGAGGAAGCUGCCCCAAGACUCACCAUGAAACUUGGGGGGGCCAGCUCUCCCAUGCGCACCCCUGCCUCCCAGGCCCCUGCUGCGGAAGCCAGCACACCCAAACUAGUGAUAAAGUCUGUGAACAAGCAUGAGGAAGACUCCGGGCCCUCCAAGUCAUCAUCAUCUUCAGGGGGCUCUCAGGACGACCAGCCAGGCUCACCUGAGAUUGCUAAGUUCUCUGCCCUGAUCACACGGCCUCCCCGUAGCCAGCAGAAGAAAGGGGAGUCACCCCCAGUGGUCCCCAUUCUCAAGAUCAAGGAGGUGCAGAGUGCAGCUUCCAAGCAGAAGGAACCUAAGGAGACUGCACAGGGACAGCCCAAGGCCAAGGAGGCCAAGGAUGUGCCACCACUGAAGAUCAAAACUCCUACCCCAACGCCAGCCAAGGGGCCUUCAACACCCAAGGCAGCCCCCACGCCAAAGACACCAGCAGCCACUCCCAAGAUGCCAGAGGAGAAGAAAUCACCAGGAAGCAAAAAGGUCCGGGAAAAGAAAGAGAAGAAGGAGAAGAAGGCAAAGGAGCUCAAGUCAGCAGGACCAGCCAUGCCUGGUGGAGCUGGGCCUAGUUCCAUGCCAGCCAGCAGCCUGGACGUGGCCCUCAAUCCCCAGGUGCCAGCCGUGCCACCCCCUAUUAUGUCACCUCCCAUAGACACGCCCAAGAGUAGCAAGAAGCAAGAACAGAGCACAGGACUUCUCACAGAGACUGUUGGACCAAUUGGGCAUUUUGUGGAUGACCAAGGGAACGAGGUUUGGAUUUGUCCAACAUGUGGCAAGCAGGACGAUGGUUCCCCCAUGAUUGGAUGUGACACCUGUAAUGAUUGGUAUCACUGGGUGUGUGUGGGUAUUCAGGUUCCCCCCAAUGAUGAUGUCAACUGGUACUGCCCACGCUGCCUCUCACAACACAAGCAGCGUGGGGCACCUCCAGACAAAAAGAAGCGUGGACGGAAGAAGAAAUAGAAGGACAGUGUUAGAUGGUCCUCUGCCAUAUGUUGAAUUAGGAUAUUUGUUAUUGUUGUCUUUUUCCAACUCAAAGGAGCACACAACUUCACAUCUUCCCCUGUAUGUUUCAUUGAGUGUCAUCUGGGCACCAAAGCCAGGCUGCACUGGACUGGGGCUUGGGGGUAGUAGCACUUGGAUGUCCUGUCGGCAUGUACUGCCUCCUCCGUCUACCUCCUAGCAGGCCAAUGUGGUGGAUGUGGGACCACAAACAGACUCGUUUGCAUUGCAUUCAGUGUGUGUGUGUGUGAGUGAGUGAGUGAGUGAGUGAGUGAGUGAGUGAGUGAGUGAGUGAGUGAGUGAGUGAGUGAGUGAGUGAGUGAGUGAGUGAGUGAGUGAGUGAGAGAGAGAGAGAGAGAGAGAGAGAGAGAGAGAGAGAGAAUGAGUGAGCGCAUGCAUGUUUGAAUGUUCUAUUGCCUGAACUUGGUUUCUCCAUUCAGUGAUUUGAUGGUCUUCUUUAUUAUAAUUUUUAUUUAUUUAUUAUUUUUUUUGUUUUUUUGUUUUUUUACUAAUUCAUCAUCAUGUUCCUUACACCUUUCCAACCAUGUCCCCCUUUCACAUCCAUUGAUGGACUCGUGUAAAGUACAAGCAUGCGGCCGUGCUCAGUAAGAUUGGCCCAAAAGUUGUGAUACAUAGUUUUCCUUCUUUGUUGGUCUACCCCUGUUACACAUAUUUUAUAUAGUAGUAAACUUAUGACAAUGUAAAGAAGUUUGUUUUUUAUUUAUUAUUUAUUUAUCUUUCUUUUUUUCUCGUCAUUCUCCAAAAGUUACAUUUGCCUAAAAAAGAAAAAGAAAAAAAGGUAAAUGUGAAAUUUUAAAUACCUUGGUUUUGGGAUUAAACAGGAAUAUAGUCAAGAUCAUAGCAGUGAGGAAGAACACUUUGCACAACAAUAAUACACUUAUUUUCCAAAUUUUGGUACUUAAGUUAUAUAUAUCAGUAGUAUAUAAACAAUGAAAUGAAUUAUUAUUAAUAUAUCUUUAAUUUUUUUUUUUUUUUUUUUUUUUUUUUUCUGAACACAUCUGAUUACAAACUCUUGUUUAAAGAGUCUUCCAUGUGCCUUCUGAAGGUUCCAGUUUUAUUUUUGUAGUAAUUCCAAAGACUAUAUAUAUAUAUAUGUUGGAAUGUAUGUAUUAUUUCCUUUCACCUACUUACCCUUCCUAAACUUCCAUUACACACCCCCCAUUAUUUUGUAGUCUAUUUAUGUUAUCUAUGAUAUUUUAUCUCCUUUCCUUUCCUCCCAUAAAUAUAUAAAUGUAUCUUUCAUCUAUAUUUUUCUCCCUCCCCAAUGUUCAUUCAUAAUUCAGUCAAGCUCAAUUUACUCAUAAGCCAUUCACAGAUUUCCCCAUAGCUUUUAAUCCAAAACCUUUAUCAUUCUUUACAGCUUCCCUCCCCCUCAUCCCUUUCCCCUCCUUCUCGAAAAAAAGUAGAAAAAAAGCCAAUAAAUAAAGUUUUAUAUAGCCUUAGGAUAUGUUUUUAAAAUGAGAGAAAUAGCUGCAUUUACUCUUCACAUUUUCGGGCUUCUUUCUUCGUCUGCUGUUGCAAGAGUGCAGUGUCCCAGUCUUUGGUAUUUAUCAGAAUUGAAAGACAAGCCUUUGUGUUUAUUUUUUUUUUUUAUUUUUUAUUUAUUUAUUUAUUUAUUUUUAUUUUUUUUAUUUUUUUUUAUUUAUUUAUUUAUUUUUUAAUCUAAACUUUGCACCAUCAGCUCGACAACCCAGUGGAAGUGUUAGUCAUUUCAUUGAGGAAGCUGUUACUGUUCUUUCCCAGAUGCUGGGGCAAUUCAUCAGCUCCCACAAGACAUUCAGAAAAAGAGAAUAAAUGUUACUAUGCACACACAGUAGUUCUUCCCAAAGUUGUACUUCAUAAUUCUUUUUUAUUGCCUGACAGUUGUAAAAAAAAAAAGGAAAAAAGAAUAAAAAAAGAACAGGUUGAUAUUUUUGUUACUAUCAUAGCUCUAGAGAUUAAGGAGUGGUUUGCUGUGGAAUUCCUUCCCUCUGGGGGUAAGGGUAGGCUAGCACUAUACAGGUUUUGCGAAUCAUAUAAUAGGUAGAGACAUUUAAUAAAGACCUGUAUGACACCAAGUGUGAUUUUUUGCCAUGAGAUGCCCCAUCCCACACCCCCAACCUCUGGGCAUCAGUUAUUUAAAAUAAAGAACAGUUUUACAGUUCUAAAAAGUACCUGCUUUGACUCUGUGUAACUUUAUUGAACAUUAUUAUUGUUGCCUCUUCUGGUAUUUGUUUAUUAUGACUUUGUAGAUAUUUGUAAUUAAAGUAUAAAUACAUGUGAGAAAUAUGUA